CCCACGACACACGCACGACUCUCGUAGUCGAGUUGACUAGUCGUAAUCUCUCGUGGGAGGACACCUCGCCGGAUCCAGUCCACUCACUAGUCCAGCAGCCAAAGCAUCAUCUGCGUCGGCGAUGGCGUCUCCGCCCAUCUCCGUCCGGCUCCGGACCCCCGGCGACGCGCCGCCGCCCACCGAGGCUCUCCUCUCCCGCUCCGUGCCCGCAUCCCAACCCUCCACCGCUUCCCGCCUCCUGCUCCUCCUUGCCGCCGUCCUCGCCGUCUCCACCGCCUUCCUCCUCAUCCGCCCGCCCCACCUCCUCGCCGUGACCGCGGCCUCCGCCGCCGCCACCGCGCGGCCGCUCUCCAAGCUCCAGAAGCCGGUGGUUCUGCUCAUAUCCUCGGACGGCUUCCGCUUCGGGUACCAGUUCAAGGCCCCCCUCCCGCACAUCCGCCGCCUCUUCGCCAAUGGCACCUCCGCCGCCGAGGGCUUGAUCUCCGUCUUCCCCACGCUCACCUUCCCCAACCACUACUCCAUCGUCACCGGCCUCUACCCCUCCUCCCACGGCAUCAUCAACAACUACUUCCCCGACCCCAUCUCGGGGGACCACUUCAACAUGGCCAACCACGAUCCCAAGUGGUGGGGAGGGGAGCCGCUCUGGGCCACCGCUGCCGCCCAGGGCGUCCUGGCCGCCACAUUCUUCUGGCCGGGUUCGGAGGUCAAGAAGGGUUCCUGGAACUGCCCGGACAAGUACUGCCGCCACUACAAUGGUUCGGUGCCGUUUGAGGACAGGGUCGACACCAUCCUUGGUUAUUUUGAUCUCCCGUCUGACGAAAUGCCACAGUUCCUGACGCUGUACUUCGAAGAUCCUGAUCAUCAGGGGCACCAGGUGGGUCCUGACGAUCCGGCAAUCACUGAUGCGGUUAUCCGCAUUGAUGAGAUGCUCGGGAGGCUCAUUGCUGGUUUGGAGGCAAGGGGAGUGUUUGAGGAUGUGAACAUUAUAUUGCUAGGGGAUCAUGGUAUGGUUGGGACAUGCGACAAGAAGCUUGUGUUUCUCGAAGAGUUGGCUCCAUGGAUUAAGCUGAAGGAAGAUUGGGUUCUGUCAAUGACGCCAUUGCUGGCAAUCAGGCCACCAGAUGGUGUGUCCCCAGCUGAGGUUGUAGCCAAGAUGAACGAGGGGCUUGGGUCUGGGAAGGUGGAGAACGGGGAAUAUUUGAGGAUGUACUUGAAGGAAGAUUUGCCUUCUCGCCUGCAUUACUCGGAGAAUUACAGGAUCCCGCCAAUCAUUGGGCUGUUAGCGGAAGGCUAUAAGGUGGAGAUGAAGCGUUCCAAGAGGAAUGAGUGUGGAGGGGCACAUGGGUACGACAAUGCCUUCUUCUCAAUGAGGACCAUUUUCGCGGCACAUGGCCCUCGUUUUCAGGGGGGUAGGACUGUGCCCUCAUUUGAGAAUGUGGAGAUAUACAAUGUUAUAGCUUCCAUUCUCAAUUUGAAGCCAGCUCCGAACAAUGGUUCAGCUUCUUUCCCUGGCAUGAUUCUUUUAUCGAGCAAAUGAUCAUGGAUACAUGUAUGAGCUGUGGUCUUAUAGGAGUAAGGCUAUGCUGCUGCCUGGUGUUCUCUUUUGGUUGUUGUUGUACCUGCUAAAUUAGACUCCUGUCACCACUAGCUGUUCACUGUAUCUGAAUGAAAAUGCUGCUAGUAGAGAGUAUCUUUUCUUUAGGGACGGCAUUUUGAAACAUGAUUCAUGUCAAACCUUUAGCUGCUCUGUUGUGCUGGAUUUUUCUCCAGGAGUUCAUUUGAGCUCCGUGAUUUUCUGCUUGAGAUGAUGAUGAUGCACGUCCUGUUGUUAACA